UCCAAACUGCUCUGUUGGUGCCUUGUUUUGCGAUUAUGAAUGAUUUUUUUUAGAAGUAGUAGUACUGAUAUUUUGAUGUUUCAAUGAAAAUCAUUACAAAUGGAAUCAAUUUUAAACAGCUGAAAUUUGAAAACUUAGAUUUCAGUAACAACGAUGUCUUUAAUUUAAUAUUUGAUUUACCAAAUACAAAUUACUUCAAAACAGUAACUAAUCCAACGACAUAAAAAUCUGACUGUUUUGUGAUUUCUUUGUUGCUAGGCGACAAUAAAGGUUUAAGAUUACAUUACGUAUUACGAUUACAAAUUACACAAUGUUGUUAUUUUGUCCCAACUGUUUCAAUGCACUGGUCCUUGCCGAGAAAAAUGGCCGCAACAGACUUUUAUGCCUCACCUGUCCCUUUUUCCACGAGAUUGUCAAAAAGAUCACAUUUAAAAAGUACACAAAAUUAAAAGACGUUGAAGACGCCCUAGGCGGACCUGAUGCUUGGAAGAAUGCUCAGGCAACAAAUGAAACCUGCCCGUCAUGUGAGCACACUCGAGCAUUCUACAUGGAACUCCAGACAAAAUCGGCAGACGAGCCCACUACAGUAUUCUACAGAUGCUGUGAAUGUGCACAUGUCUGGAAAACUGACUAACACAACGAUAACUACACCCGACAUGUAAUUUUUUGUAAAAAGUUUCACUAAUCAGUUCUGAAAUUCACAUUUUUUUUAAACCUUCAUUCAAAACUGUAAAUAUUUAUUCGAUCAUUGGUGAUAUAGCUUAAGAUUCAGUCACACAAACUGCAAAAAUAGGAUGGUUUUUUGAUUGUUUCGUUCAUGACUUUUAUGAAGAAAACAAAACAAAUUAGGGGAAGAGAAGUUUUUAUUGAUUUAUUAAUUUAAAUUUUCUUAUUCAAACAUCAGUGCAGCAGCAACUCAACCAAGGGGUAAUUAAUUAUUAAACUUCUAUUCAUACAAACUAUAAUAAUAGUAAUAAUAGAAAUAAAAUAAAAUACUUGUCUCUUCAACAAACACAAUCGGUAUUUGAAAUAAUUCAAUGAAAAAAAAAAUCACAAAAAUAAAACUGUUAUAUUUUUCUAUUAUUAUUAUUAUUAUUACAUAAGCUGAUGCAACACAAGUAAAAUUGAAAACUAAAGUUUACGAAAUCGUACAAAAUUCAAUGUUUAUGAAAUAUUAACCCUUUGAGUAAUAAUUAACAACCAUCAUUAUUAGUAUAUUAUUAUUGUAUUCUUAGUAAUAAUGUGGACAAUUUCACGAUAAGUAGAGUGUUAACUUAUUUUAACUUGAGCUUCAAACUUUUCCUAUGUGCAAAUGAAUGAAUUUUAGUAGAGAAUGAGUUGCUAAAUUGAUUGUUACGUCAGUGGUUAUGUCUGCAGCAACAUAUUGUGUUAAAAAUAAACAAUUCAAAUACAUUACCUUAUAAGUGGGAUUGUCAUUAAAGGAAAACAGUAUAUGGCGGCAAAACAUUUUUAUUUAUUUAUUUGAGGUAAUUAUUGUAAAAUAUUUAUAUGGUAAAAAAAAUGAAAAUAUUUGUUAACCAUAUCGUAAAAGCGAAUUAAACAUUUUAAAUACUAAUAAAAUUACAUAGAUGGGAAGAGCGAAUUGUCGCAAUUCAAAACUUAAAAACGGCGAUUUUCAUUACUUCAAGUUAGAUGCGCCUAAAAUUGAUCUCUACUAAAGCACGUUUUACAAUUUGAAAUUCAAACAAUAUCCAC